ACAAAUUUCUCUGUUCUGGUGGAGAAUGUAUUAGCCUGAAAUGAGCCUACAGUCUGCUGAAGUGACCGGAUAUGACAUCACAGGCCUGAAAUAAGCUAAUCAGACUUAUUCUAACUGAGGAUUACAAGGCAAACACAUGGCACAAGACUCUGCCAAAACCGGAAAGGGGAGAAACCAGCAGAACAGAAGAUCACUGUGGAGAGGAUGAAAGAAACGGACAGGCCUCACUCAGAUGGUCCCCUGCGAGGAAAUAGAAGCUGUCCAAGGUGAUAAUGCGGGAUCACACGUCCGGCGCUAAUGUGGAGGAGCUGCUGCGGCAGUCUCAGAUGGAGUUACAGUGGAUCCAGAGACAGCUGGCCAUGAUCGCUGCCAGAAACCUACACCAUCACCACCUGCACACCAAGGGCAAGACAAGAUAUGAAGUUUCAUCCCAGCAACCUACUGGAUACUCAGUCUACAAUGUGAACCGCUUUCGAUUGCUGGAGGAGAGAAACCGAGCUCUGAAGGUUGAGGUAGCCACACUUCGCCAAGAGAAACAGCAGUAUAGGAAACUGAAAGUAAAGCUCCAUGCUGCCUUGCAGGAGAAAAAUCGUCUGAACCUUGAGCUGAUCAACCAACACCUGAAGACGUCCAAGUAUGACCAGGUGCAAUCAGACUAUGAGCAGCUGAGACAGACCUUUGCUGUAGUGAGCCAGGAGAGAGACGUGGCCCAGCAGCAGAGGAGCCACCUCCAAGGCAAAGUGGAGAACCUGGAAGAGGUUCUCAAGCAUAUGCACAAGGCUGUAGAGCUGAAGCAGCAGCUGCAGAUAGAGCAUGAGCAAGCCUUGGUGGCCCUUCACACCAAGCAGAAGGAGAUCAAUCAACUGCAAAAGGUCAAGGUUCGUGACCUGGAGCAGAAAUGCAGGUCACAGAGUGAACACUUCCACCAGCUGUCCAAUGAGCUGCUGAAUUUCCGUUUGCAAUCAGAAACUGUGGACAUCCUUAAAAUUAAUCCCGCUUCCACAUCCCAGAUCCCUUUCUCAUCGGAGAAGAAACUCUCACAAGUCAUUGUUGGAUUUGGAACCAAGAAAGAGACAGGCGAUGAGAGCGCGGCAAACACGCCGCUUCUGAUCUCCCAGUUCUUGCCCUGCACACCACAGACUGGAGACAGAGAAAGACCAGAACUGCUGUCUGUCAAAUCCAGCACCGUGACCACGGACCGCCCCAGCAGCCCUCGACAGCGGACCUCCUCAGAGAUGGAGGAUGAGGUCAGCCCAUCACCCAGGUCCAAGCCUCGCUACACAGGCCAGGUCCGCCUUUGCACUGCCCGAUACAGUUACAACCCUUACGAUGGACCAAACGAGCACCCUGAAGCAGAGCUCCCCCUUGUGGCUGGAAAGUAUCUGUACGUGUACGGAAACAUGGAUGACGACGGCUUCUAUCAAGGGGAGCUGCUGGAUGGCCAGCGAGGACUCGUUCCCUCCAACUUUGUGGAAUUUGUCCAGGACAAAGAAAAGCUAGCGAUUCAGUCUGGGGAGGGAGGGGACGACCUGGGCCCACUGGACCACAUGGCCCUGGCCUUGUUGCCAGUGGAUGGUGGUGGCUCCCAGGAUGGCCUCCCGUGCUCAGCCUUGGUUCCCUGUAGCAAUGGGACAGGGGGGCCCCUGGACCCCGAGGACCUGGCCGAAGACGUUGUGCCUUAUCCUCGAAAGAUCAACUUGAUCAAGCAGCUGGCACGGAGCGUCAUUGUGGCCUGGGAGCCUCCACUAGUGCCUUUGGGCUGGGGGAACAUCUCUGGCUACAACGUGUUAGUAGACGGCGAGCUUCGCGCCAGCAUAUCGUACGGCGGCCGGACCAAGUGUUUGCUGGAGAAGCUGGACCUGGACGGCUGCGUCCACCGCGUGUCGGUGCAGAGCCUCACGGACCGGGGUCUGUCAGACGAGCUGCGCUGCACCUUGCUGGUGGGAGCCAACGUGGUGGUGGCGCCGUGCGGCCUCCGGGUGGACGACAUCCAGCGCGACACUGCCGAGCUCUCCUGGUUGCCGAGCAACAGUAACUACGGUCACACGGUGUUCCUGGACGGGGCAGAGCAUGCAGUGGUGAAGCCAGGGAGGUAUAGACUACGCUUCAUCAACCUGAAGCCCCUCACAGUGUACAAAGUGACGGUGGUGGCACAGCCGCACCAGGUGCCGUGGCAACUGCCGCUGGAGCAGAGAGAGAGGAAAGAAGCUGGUGUGGAGUUCUGCACGCAAGCUGCAGGUCCAACACCAUAUUGCAGAACAGGCCCUCCCCAGCCUCCCCAGGAUGUACAGGUUCUCUGUGGGCAGGCUCCAGGGGUGCUGCAGGUCCGCUGGAAGCCCCCCGUCCUCUCUCCCACAGGCACAUCUAACGGUGCAAAUGUUGUUGGCUACGCAGUCUGCACUAAAGGACAGAGGAUAGCUGAGGUGUUGUAUCCAAUGGCAGACUAUGUUACUGUGGAGCUGACAAGGAUUCAGUGCCUGGAGGCCAGGGAGGUCAUCGUCAGGACGCUGUCAGUCCAGGGAGAAUCCCAGGACUCCCAAGUCGCCGUCAUUCCAAACAACCUCCUCGUGCCUCUACCUGCGAUCCCCCUGCCACCGCCAAUGCACCCCCACGCAGGCCCCCCUCCACAUCCCCACGCCCAACCCCACCUCCAAUCCCCUCACCUCCCUCACGGCCCACCCCAACUUCCCGCUCCACCGCAGGCACACGGACAACCCCAACCCAGACUUCCCCACCCGGGCGGUCCCCACCCAGGCGGUCCCCACCCGCCCGGUCCCCCACAACCCCAACUUCGACCCCCACACCCGCAGCCCCAGCCCCUGCACCUUCAGCCUCGCCCUCCCCACCAAGGUCCCAGGCCCCAGCACCAACUGCCUCUGCUGCCCCACCCCCAUCACCACCCUUUACCUCAGAGACCAUUAUGUGCCAGAGACCUGGAUGCCAAAGAGCACGCGGCCCACCACGGGGGAGCUUUUCCACCCGGCCAGCCGGGCUGGGACCCCACACGCUCUCCCUCCACCCAGCCUCCGGGGCCCAUGCAAGGCCACACCCUCGAAGCCCCUCCCCCUCCCAAUCCACGCUCCCCCUCCCCACAGAGGAUUCUUCCGCAGCCUCGAGGAACGCUCAUCCCGGACACCGUGGCCAAAGCCAUCGCCCGGGAAGCAGCGCAGAGGGUGGCGGCAGAAAGUGGCAAGGGGGACAGGAGGCCGGUCAGAUACGGAGAGCAGGGUCGCACAUUUCACCAGCAUCACUCCGACGAGGAAGAGGAAGAUGAAGAAGGGUUCGCGCGCGGCCGUCGGAGAGGACCCUCAGUCGACGAGUUCCUCAGAGGCUCUGAGCUCGGGAGGCCGCCUCACUAUAGUCACAAUGAAGAUUAUCACAGCGAAAGCAGCCGGGGCUCUGACCUGUCUGACAUCAUGGAAGAGGAUGAGGAGGAGCUGUACUCUGAGAUGCAGCUGGAAGAGGGACGUCGACGCAACUCGCACAACACACCCAAGAGCAACACUCCCUCUGGAGGCCGUCAUGACCGGGAGACGGGGAGAAGAGUUCAUCAUGGCGGUCCCCAGCCUCAGAGACGACCUCUAAUGGUCCCCUCCAUUGAUGGCUACAGGGAUCGGGAUCGCCGCUCUCCCACUUAUUAUGAUGAGUCAGAGCCUGAGGAGUCCUUCCGGAUCUUUGUGGCCCUCUUUGACUACGAUCCUCUGUCCAUGUCCCCCAACCCAGAUGCAGCUGAUGAGGAGCUGCCCUUCAAAGAGGGACAGAUCAUUAGGGUGUACGGUGAUAAAGAUACAGACGGCUUUUACAGAGGAGAAGUGAGGGGCAGGAUGGGGCUGAUCCCCUGUAACAUGGUGUCAGAGAUCAGAGCGGAGGACGAGGAGACCAUGGACCAGCUCAUCAAGCAGGGCUUCCUGCCGCUCAGCACCCCGGUGGACAGAAUAGAGCAGAACAGAAGAGGCCUCCGUCGAGACCAGGCCUCGAGGAGGAUGGUGGCUCUGUACGACUACGACCCCCGAGAGAGUUCCCCUAACGUUGAUGUCGAGGCUGAGCUGACCUUCUGUGCUGGUGACAUCAUGGCUGUUUUUGGAGAUAUUGAUGAAGACGGAUUCUAUUACGGUGAGAUCAACGGCCACCGUGGUCUGGUUCCCUCUAACUUCCUGGAAGAAGUGCCUGAUGACGUGGAGGUGUAUCUGACCGAUACUCCGUCCCACUACCCCCAGGAAGAGCCUGCCAACCGGCCCCCCGCCAACUCCGCUGCCACCGUCUCAGAGGGCAAACGGGUCACCACAGAAUCCACCGACACGGUCGACAACGACGCCACACCCGUCCGAGCGCCUUCCCCGAUAGUUCGGCCCCUCCUCCCGGGCACCAUGAGACCCCUCAGCCCUACGAGAGGCCCCCACAUCCCGCUGGAGCCUCGGGACCCUCGGGACCAAGAUCUGGCGAACAAGAAGAAGAAGGGACUCCUCUCCAAGGGGAAGAAGCUCCUGAAGAGACUCUCCCCUGUGAAGUAAAAGAGAAAAAAAGCAGACAUGUACGAUACGUGCACAUGCUGGGCUCUGUAUAUUGCAUCCAUACAAUCAACUCUGAUCCAACAACACACGACAGAGAGGAUGUGAGCUUUGACUCCUGGACUGCGUGAGCCUAUUUUAAUAUAACCAGUGAUACAAUUAUUCAUGUGAUGGAUUCAAAUCAGCUAAAUUAUGUACAGUGCAGUGCCAAAAUCAAGAAAGGUCACAAGCAGACACAAAAACAUAUUACUGUGAUGUAUUUUAAAUCAACCGAUGACUAAAAAAAACAAAAAAACAACUAGGAUUUUCAUGACAUGUAUUUUCUCUUUUCUUUAUCAUUAGUUGAAGAAAAUAUACAUUUGUUUCAAGCAGGGUAGCUGUGAAAACAAAGUACCAUUACAUCUUCUAAGGGGCUUUUUUUCUCAGCGGAAAAAAAACAUCAAUUUCUGUGGAGUACUGAUGUCGCUGCAAGGAAA